ACUGGUUCCCGAAACAUGCUAGGUAAGGUAGAAGAAAAUAUGGUCAAGAGAAUAAAACAGACGACAGAAAGUUGUCAAGCAUGAACGUUCUCACCUGGCAAAACUUUCUCCCGAGUUAGAGAAGACGACGUUUGUUCGUUUGAACUUCCGCUCUUCGCAUCUCGUGAUACCGUGCAAUCCGAAGAUCCGACUACAGAGUUGUCCUGAUAUCAAAUCAACCACUCACUUGUGAACAAAAAAAAAAGAGAGAAAAAAAGCGCUAUCAGAACCAUACGCAUGACACGAAAACAAGAAAACAAAUAGUUGAAGACGAAGAUUCCGAAUACAACUAAAGACGGAGACAAAUACGGCAGGAUCUGUGAAGUUCAUCAAAGUGAGGCUUCCACACAUAAUUUACAGGGGUGGUGGGCUAGGCAGAGGAGUAGCCUGGAGUACCCCUCACCCUUUGGGAAGCAAUCACAAACAUCUAUCACUAUGGGUCAGACAUUUGGGGAUAAAGCCGAAAAACCCGAUUCGGUAAUCAUUUCCCAGAAGAGGUUUCAGAACGCCGACGCCCUCGGGACCGCUUCGUAUGACUACCACUACUUCAGGCGGCUCUGUCGGGAGCAAGGACACCUGUUCGAAGAUUUUGACUUUCCUCCAACCAACAGAAUUCUUUUCGGCAAGAAUAAAGCCUCGUCCACUCAGAUAACAUGGAUGAGGCCUUAUGAAAUCUGUACAAGGCCUAAGUUUGUGUCUGAUGGUGACUCACGAUGUGAUAUUGAACAAGGAGAUUUUGGCGACAGCUGUCUACUUGCAGCCAUAUCUUGUCUCACGUUGACUCCCAAGUUCCUUGACCGAGUAGUACCCUCGGAUCAAAGCUUCGGACAAGGAUACUGCGGCAUCUUCCGCUUCCGAUUUUGGAAGUUUGGAGAAUGGGUAGAAAUAAUAGUAGACGAUCGACUUCCAACCUACAGAGGGCGCCUUAACUAUUUGCAUUCGGCUGAUCCUACGGAGUUUUGGAUAGCUUUGCUAGAAAAAGCGUAUGCAAAGUUCUACGGAAGCUACGAACGCUUACAGAGGGGUCAGACAGGAAGAGUAUUGCAAGAUCUCACUGGAGGAAUUGCUCAAAGUUUCCAGCUGGCCGAACACAACCAACACGUCGUCUACCAGAUGGUCAACAGUGCUGUUCCGCGCUCAACAAUGUUAGCUGUGUCUAUUCAAACAGAUCAUCGCAACUCUCUGAGACUUCGAAAUGGUUUAUGUACCCACCAUGCUUAUAGUGUUACAGGCAUAGCAAGGGUGAGGACUUAUAAUGGUGACAUUCCACUUGUUCGCCUGAGGAACCCUUGGGGUAAAGGGGAAUGGAAUGGAACGUGGAGUGACAGAUCCUGGGAAUGGGAUAAGCUUCCUGAGAGGGAUAAAGAAAUGCUUAGCAUGCGCAUACGCAACGAUGGAGAAUUUUGGAUGUCAUUUGACGAUUUUCUGAAGAACUUUACCCAUUUAUAUUUGAUUCACAUUGGACCAGAUGACUGGAUGCAAGAAAAUUCCUUACAUAAUAAGCGACCAUGGCGAGCAGUACUCGCCAGAAGGCGCUGGCGUUCAGGUUUUAACGCUGGCGGUGGUCCCCUGUAUAGAGAAACGACAGCGAUGAAUCCACAGUUCCACAUCCAUAUACCAAAAAACGGAGCAAAGAAGUGUCACGUGGUUGUUUCUGUAACUCAACAUUACACGCCUGGACAAGUGACAGAAGACGGCAAAAAAAAUGCAUUUUAUCCUAUAGGCUUUACUGUGUAUGAGGUUCCACCUAAUAUGGCACGUGUUACAACUCAGUUUCUCCUCACACAUCAACCUUUGGAUGUCACUACUCAUUCGAUUUCCAGAGAGACUGUAACCUUUUUUACACUACCCCCUGGUGAUUUUGUUAUUGUUCCUUGUACAGAAAAUCCAAACUGUGAAACUAGGUUUCUUCUCCGUAUACUAACGGACGAACAAAGUAACAUAUGGGAAGUUAACGAAGACAACCUUAUAUACCGUGACCUGAACUUUAGUAAACCUGGUGAACUCAUAACAACAGAGAAUGGGCAUAAUAUUAUCACGAGGAUCAUGCACAAG